AUGCGUAUCAAAGCGUGUUUACCGUUGCAUGGUUUCCGCCAGGUACAAACUGAUAGUUUCCGGCGACCGGAUAUUGUGUACAACGGAGCUUUAACUCACUUCCGGGUAGACGAUGACGUCAUUAAACUAUAUGGCUGUAAGAGGAGGCAGAGAAACAUGGGCUCAUUCCCCAUCCUCCAGCCAUAUAACAUAUGGGCUACGACGUCUUUGGCUUUGAAAGCAUAUUGUGCUCGACAAAGAUAUGAAUUAUAA